AUGUCAGAAGAUUUCUUAUUGCACUGGCCAUAUCUAGAUGAGGUGUACUACCGCCCUGUCAACUUCACGGACCAUUGCUUCAAGAUACCUCCUUCGGCAAACAUUGGAACUAUGGCUUGUAGUAAUUCAAAGUGCGUGACAGUUAUAGAACCAAGAAUCCUUGCAGAAACUUCGUGUACGCGAAUGCCAGCUCACAAACUAUUGCCACCACGUCUAGCAGCGCGAAGUAGCAAUAGAACUGUUGAAUUAUGUUGGUGUGCUGGGCAACUGUGCAAUUACUAUCCGAGUGUUGCUAUUAACAAAAGCCCGUCAAUGAAUGUGAUUUCUUUCUCUUCUGCUUUCUUGGUUCUGGUGAUUCUCUUGGCUUAG